AGAAGCUGGUCGUGGUGCAAUCAGGAACUUCCAACAAUGGAAGAGCGGAAAAUGAAGAGGAGGAGCCCUAAGUCUUUUAAUGCCCAUUCUACUCAGGUUGUUAAUGCCAAAAAAAAUGCCAUUCCACUUAGUAAAAGCACUGGGCUUUCAAACCCUGCAACACAGUCAACUUCACAGCGACCAAAGUUAAAAAGAGUGAUGAAAGAAAAGGCCAAACCUCAGAGUGGAGAAGGGAAAGGCGCUCAGUCCACCCCAAUUCAGCACUCCUUCCUCACUGAUGUUUCCGAUGUGCAAGAGAUGGAAAGAGGCCUCCUGAGCCUUUUGAAUGACUUCCACUCUGGGAAACUUCAAGCAUUUGGAAAUGAAUGUUCCAUUGAACAGAUGGAACAUGUUCGGGGAAUGCAGGAGAAAUUAGCUCGUCUGAAUUUGGAGCUCUAUGGGGAACUAGAGGAGCUUCCUGAAGAUAAGAGAAAAGCAGCCAGUGACUCCAAUCUGGACAGGCUUCUGUCCGAUUUAGAAGAACUGAAUUCUUCCAUACAAAAACUCCAUUUGGCAGAUGCGCAAGAGGUUCCGAAUGCUUCUACCAGCUAAAACGAAACAAGAGUUUGCUUUCUUGUGAUCUGAAGAAAAGCAGCAUUCUUUACUUUUCCAGCUGAUUCCAGUAGCCAAAUUAUCUUCUACCGGAAGAAAUUAAAGUGAAGUGCAAUUGCAAUGAUUGUUUUUACAUUCUGCUUUCAGUGUAUUUGACUUGCUAUAACUCACCACAACUGGAGGCCAAAGCCUUGUUGAAGGUUUAAUCAGGAAGAGGGGUGCAAAGGUUGUGCUGCUCUGCUUUAUAUCGUUGCCUUAUGGGGUUAUACUUGAAAUGCGUUGUGCUAAAUGUCAUUGACAGGGCUGGAGGACUUAGCCUUCCCCAGCUCACCCAACUGAUUGUGACGUGGACCAUAAGUUGAUGGUACAUAUAGGCUUCUUGUGGCAGCUUACUUCAGUUUCCUUUGACAAUCAGCACAUACACACUUUGGUGUAUUUUUCAGUGGCCAGUGAUGACAAAUAAGUAUAUGUGAAAUUUGCUAUUUUUAAUAAAGUGAUUGUUUUAAAUUAA